CUGAGGUAAGGGAUGUGGAACGCGCUUUCUUUUUUUAGAUUUUCAUUUAGGAGCUUUGACCACUCUACCUCUGCAAUUUUUGGAAUUUCAGUUUCUGCUGCUGUUUUUCAAGUGGAAGUGGUUAAGUCACUAAUUUCUGGAAUUUCUGCUGCAGGGGUUUGGCUGCUCCGAUUUUGCUUAUAGCCAUGUUCGAAAGUUUCUGCAUCUACCUGCAGUUACUAGCGUUUGACGCCUCAACCACUGAUUUUGGCUCUUAAUAGAUUAUAUAAACACAUAAGAGGUAGCAGCUACAACAACAAUAGGCCUACAUUGUCGUGGGAUUCAAAUU